AGCUGACAGGUAAAGAUGGAGUCUUCAAACCAAAUCAACAACAAUUGAAUUCUCUCCUCCUCCUUUCACCAAACCUCCCUUCCAUAUUAAAUUCUUGUCCUUAUUAGAUAAUCUCCAGGCAAGCGGCAUAGACAAGACAAAUCUCCACCCUUAAAGCUCUCGCUUUUGUCGGAAAAACAUCGCCUUUUUUUUUUGGUUUUUGCUUGGCAGAGACGACAACCACAAUCCAAUAGAUCCGUGGAAGAGUAAGCGGAGGCGAUUUAAGGGUCGCCGUUAAUGGCGUUGACGUGGUUAUCUGCUCUCCGGAUUUCAGUUCUUCUGAUCCUUGUAGCUGCAAUUGUCUUAGCUUUCUAUUUCCUCCCCGUCGAGCAGCUUUUGAGGGAUUUUUUGUUAUGGGUUGAACAAGAUCUAGGGCCUUGGGGACCUUUUGCCCUAGCUGUGGCCUACAUUCCUCUUACAGUUCUGGCUGUUCCUGCCUCUGUUCUAACGAUCGGUGGUGGAUACCUCUUUGGGCUGCCAAUUGGGUUUGUGGCUGACUCUGUGGGAGCUACGCUUGGCUCUGGAGCAGCAUUUCUUCUUGGCCGUACUAUUGGAAAACCUUUUGUAGUUGCAAAACUCAAGGACUAUCCUCAGUUUCAAUCGGUGGCUCUCGCCAUUGAGAAAUCUGGUUUCAAGAUAUGCUUGUUGCUCCGGCUUGCUCCUCUUCUCCCCUUCAGCAUGUUGAACUACCUCUUAUCUGUAACGCCAAUUACCCUGGGGCCAUACUUGCUUUCUUCUUGGUUAGGGAUGAUGCCAAUAACGCUUGUGUUAGUGUAUGUUGGAACAACUCUGAAAGACCUUUCUGAUGUGACUCACAAGUGGAGCGAGCUAUCUUUCGGUCACUGGGCUUCCUUGAUUCUGAGCCUUGUAGUAUCCGUGAUAUUAAUGGUGUGUGUUACUAAGGUGGCGCAGAACGCUCUAAGAAAAGCUUUGGAAGAGCACGGAGGAGACAUGAACGGAGCGGUUGCAGCCUCACCUGAGCUGAACGAUGUGGCUGAUGCUCCGGGUGAUUUAAAUGAGCCUCUCUUGAUAAAGAUAGAUUUUCAGUCACCUCAGGACCAUGAAAACCAGAGAGUCAUGAAAGAAGCUGCUGGUUAAAUUACUUUGUACAAAUAAUCUUAUCUUCAACUUAAAGCAACAAAACAUAGGUUUGCUGAGAAAAGUCAGUUAAUGCACAUAUAAAUAUAUAGUAGGGACAUCUAGCUCUCGAUUCUUGUUUUUUUCUUUGUAUAAGAACAUCGAUUAAUAAAUCAUUCUAAGAUCUUUUUUUU